AAAUAAAUCUUAUUUUUAUGUACCUGUUGAAUUACCUGCAGAGAUAACUUCAUGUGAACAUUGUGUUCUUCAAUGGAAAUAUCAUGCAGGAAAUACAUGGGGAAAAGAUCAAAAAGGAAGAAAAUGUUUAGGUUGUGCUGAUCAACAAGAAGAAUUUUAUAAUUGUGCAGAUAUUGCAAUUGUUGAACGAUCAGGAAAUGAAUUGAGUACACCAGUCAAUAAGGAUAAUAGCACAAUAGCGAGUGAUAUAUUUUCAUAUUUUCUAGCUUUACAGAAACAUGUAACAAGUUAUGAUAAAUGA